AUGGUUUUGCGCAUUGUUCCAUAUAUUGUCACAGGCAAAGUGGAGAUUUCAAAGAUAUUGGGGACGCCAGAGGAUGAGGAGAAGGAUACGAUCAGACUGACGGAAUCAAGAACACCAGCAACGAUCGCACAAGAAAUCAGAAAAGCUCACAGCGAAGGAUUUAAAUCCCCAGUCAUCGAAAUGGGCAUCCCAAAUUCAUCAAUCGAGGAGUGGACCUAUCAGGCACCAGCACAGGAUCAAAUCUCCAUUCAACAAUCAUCCAUGGUGCCACUUAAGCGCGUUAAAAAUUCCCCCACAGGAAAAGACCGCAUCAAGAAGCAGUCGAAGUGGUCAGCAGAUGAAGAUGCGCUGAUCACUAUUCUCCGAGGCAAAGGGAUGAAAUGGGAAGACAUCAGCAAGAGACUUCCAAACAGAAGCCCAAUAAGCUGCCGUCUCCAUUAUCAGAACUACCUCGAGAGGAGGAGUGAAUGGGACGAAGACAAGAAAAAUAAGCUUGCCAGGCUAUAUGAGAGAUUUAAAGCAGAUAUGUGGGCGAAAAUCGCCGAGGAGAUGGCCAUUCCGUGGCGAGCCGCUGAAGCCAUGCACUGGCAGAUUGGUGAGCGCGGGAUGGCCCAGCGAGCAGGCGUCACCCCAUUCACAUUUUCCAAUGUCGCAACAUCACCCCCCCAAAGAGUCCGAAGGGCCAGUCAACCAACCACAGGAUCAGCACGGCGUGACUAUCCUCCUCAAAUCACCCAACUUCCAUCCGUUGCUGAACUCACAGCAGGCAUUCCAGCAUACGCAACACACCACCCUGCAGUUGGAAUGCACACAACAUCACCCCCUCGUUCCCCCCCAAGCCCUUCCACCCUUGAGGCAUAUCGAACAAACCCACGACCUCAUGAGAGGAGAUUAUAA